CACAAACAUGGCGCCUGCUUGCACAGACAGCUAGCGAUUGAUAGGAGUAUCGCAAACAAGUGUGAAACAAAGUUUUCACGCAUCCCUGAAGUGAAGUACGAUCUGUGCCUCCAGCGGAUGUUUUCUGAUCUCUGACAAGAGCGGAAUAUUGCUUGGAGUUGAAAGCAGCGAGUUUCCUACAUGUCAACAUUCUUUCUUCUAGUAGUGUAAAAACAGCUGGCACGCCCCAGCCAUGAUUGAGGACAAGGGUCACCGCGUGACGGACUACUUUGUGGUGGCCGGGCUGACGGACAAGUCCACCCCUCUGGAGCAGGACCUGUCCGAGACCAAGUCCAGCGGGCCCAAGGCGCCCAUCACCGACCUGGCCGUCAUCAACAAGUCGGCUGGCGAGACGGUGCCCGAGGGCUUCACCUGCAUCGAGAGCACGUACAGCGGCCAGCAGGCCAACCUCAACCACGGCAGCCUCAAGAGCCCCGAACUCUUCCUCUGCUACAAGAGGGGCCGCGAGAGACCCCCACUUAUCGACAUUGGGGUGCUGUACGAAGGCAAGGAGCGGCUGAUCCAGGGCUGCGAGGUCAUCCAGGCCACGCCCUACGGCCGCUGCGCCAACGUCAACAACAGCUCGGCCACGUCCCAGCGCAUCUUCAUCACCUUCCGCCGCGCCCCGCCUGUCCAGCCGCAGAACUCGCUGGCCGUCACCGACAUCUGCGUCAUCGUCACCAGCAAGGGCGAGACGCCGCCACACACCUUCUGCAGGGUGGACAAGAACCUCAACUGCGGCAUGUGGGGCUCCAGUGUUUUCUUGUGCUACAAGAAAUCUGUCUCUGCGUCCAACUCAAUAGCCUACAAAGCAGGCCUUACCUUCAGGUAUCCAGAAGGAGACUACGAGUCCUUCCCCCUCUCUGAGUCUGUGCCUUUGUUCUGUCUGCCCAUGGGAGCCAGGAUUGAGUGCUGGGCCCCCAACACCCGUUAUCCACUUCCAGUGUUCUCUACCUUCGUGUUAACAAUCUCCUCUGGAGAAAAGGUGUAUGGCGCUGCUAUCCAGUUCUACGAGCCCUACCCGUUGGAGGCGCUGAGCGAGAAGCAGAAGACGCAGCUGGGCCUGCUCACCACGGUGGAGAAGAAGCUCAUCCCCAACAAACCCGUCAACACCAACAAGUGCAUCUGCCUGCUGUCACGCUGGCCCUUCUUCGAGGCCUUCCGCAAGUUCCUCAUGUUCCUCUACAAGCUGUCCGUCUCCGGCCCGCACCCCCUGCCCAUCGAAAAGCACAUCUCCCACUUCAUGCACAAUGUGUCAUUCCCCUCUCCCCAGAGGCCCAGAAUCCUGGUCCAGCUCUCAGCACAUGACACCCUGAUCCUCUCCCAACCUGUUUGCACACCUUUACCACUAAGCGGGGCGGACUUCAGCACGCUGCUGUCGAACCUGGGCUCGGAGAACUGCGCUGCGCUGCUGCACUUUGUUCUGAUGGAGAGCAAGAUCCUGCUGCACUCUCUGCGGCCUGCCGUGCUGACGGGGGUGGCCGAAGCCGUGGUGGCGAUGAUAUUCCCCUUCCAGUGGCAGUGCCCAUACAUCCCUCUCUGCCCCCUCUCUCUGGCUGGGGUCCUCAAUGCCCCCUGUCCGUUUAUUGUGGGCGUAGACUCCAGAUACUUUGACCUCUAUGAUCCCCCUGCUGAUGUGGUCUGUGUGGACCUGGACACCAACACUAUCUACCUGUCUGACGAAAAGAAACAUUGUAACUGGAAGAACCUUCCAAAGAAGCCCAGCAAGAGCCUGCUGAACUCCUUAAGCAACCUGUAUCACCAGCUGGCCAUAGUCCGCAGGACUGCCCAGGAGGGCUUGGCUGUGGAGAUGACCCCCAUCGAGGCAGACUUCUCCUGGCACAAAAAGAUGACAGGGCUGGAGAUGGAGAUCCAGGAGGCCUUCCUGCGCUUUAUGGCCUCUAUCCUGAAGGGCUACCGCUGCUACCUCAAACCCAUCACCCAGGCGCCCUCCGAGAAGGCUACUGCUGCAGACUCCCUCUACGAUCUGCAAGGGUUCUUGAAGAGCAGAGAUCGCGCUCAUCAGAAGUUCUACUCCCAGCUGACCAAAACCCAGAUCUUCAUUCGCUUCAUUGAGGAGUGCACGUUCGUCAGUGACAAAGACACGGGCCUGGCUUUCUUCGAUGAUUGUAUAGACAAACUUUUCCCCUCAGAUAAAGGAACAGAUAAGGGAGCAAAGGUGGAGGGUGAGUCCUCAGAAGACACCAGACUAAUUGAGCUGGACGAAUCACAGAAGAGUGACCUCACUGUCUUUGUCAUGCCCCCCGAGCCCCCGAUGGAGGAUGGUGAUGACCCUCCUGCUCGAUACAGCUAUAAGAACUUCCCACGCCUGCGUCUGGAGCUGUUCGACCGUCCGCGGGAACUGCGGCCAGCCCUGAGCAGCCGGACAGCCGGAGCCAGCCUGUCCAGCAGCCCCGCCGUCCUGGCCAAGAGGACCAAGCAGGAAAUCAAGCUGGCCUACAAGAUGGCGAAGCGGUACUACUCCAACCCGCCUCUGUGGGCCAAGUGCCUGUUCAGCCACUGCUACAGCCUGUGGUUCAUCUGCCUGCCCGCCGGCGUGCGGGCCGCCCACUCCAAAGUGCGCGCCAUGCAGCAAGCCUACAACGUCCUGCUGAGGAUGAGGAGCACCGAGGUGGAGGUCCUGGACGAGGUGUGCUACCGUGUGGUGAUGCAGCUGUGUGGGGUCUGUGGCCUGCCUGUAAUGGCUGUGCGUGUGCUAGUGGAGAUGAAGAAGGCUGGAGUGCACCCCAAUGCCAUCACAUACGGAUACUACAACAAGGCGGUGCUGGAAAGCCCUUGGCCUAGCCGGAACCGAAGUGGUCACUUCAUGUGGACGAAAGUACGCAAUGUGGUCCGGGGAGUGGCCCAAUUCAAACAGGCACUUGGAGGGGCAGCUUCCUCUAAAGGACCCCCUCUGAUCGCCACAGUGGUGACUGCGGGCGGAGGAGCGGGUAGCGAUGGGGACCGGAUCAGUCACGGCAGUGUGGACAGCUCAAACGAGGCCAGCGGCGAGGUGCACAAUCUGUUCCCUGACAGCCUGAUAGUGGGGGACACCACCGACAACCACUGCAACACAGGCGGGCAGUCAGACCAGGGCUACGGGUCGAAGGACGAGCUGCACCACGAUGUGUCCGACAGUCUUCAGACGAGCGCUUCCCUGACUGACACGGACCAGCCCAGCAAGACCAAAGCACAAGCCAACGGGGAGGAUGUGGCUAGCUCAGUGGACAGCGCGGUGGCCGUGACGGGGGAUGUGCCCGCCCCGGGGCCCAGCAUCGUCAAGCUGUCCACAGGGAGCUUCGACAGUGCUGGAGGGAGAGGGGGCGCUGGUGGCGCUCAGGGGAAGCUGUUUACUUUGCGCAGCAAGAGCGAGGACGUGGCCUUGGAAGAGGGUGUGGCUCUGCCCCUGGACGAGGCGGGGCCACAGAAGCAGCAGCAGCGGCAGAAGGCCUUCUCAGAGCGAAGCUGCAGCUUCAGUGCGGAGAGCCGUGCCGGCAUGCUCCUUAAGAAGGGCAGCCUGGAGAUGGGCGUGGACCAGAUGACCAUCGGCAUGGGCGCAGACGCCAAGAUCCUAACCGCCGCCUUCUCUGGGGGAAAGACCCCGCCCCCCACCUCUGGCACGACCUCCUUCAAGGGCCUGGAGUUGGAGGAGGACCUGAACAGCUCCUUGGAUAAGCUGUCGGAGGAAGACGGCAUAUCCCCUGAGCCCGCUCAUUUAGGAGAGGGUGAGAUGCCCUGUAGACCUGCAGCCAAGAAGGACCCUAAGGUCCCGAUGCAGGGUGAGGGAGCUGAGGAAAGAGACUCGUCCAAGAGGAACACCUCUCACUCCAGAGCGGUGGAGAGGGAGGACGUGGAGGUAGGGGCCGACCCACUGUCCUUGCUGGCCUCUGAGGCUUCCGACUCCAUCUCUGUCCAGAGCGAGGAGUCGCGCUCCGUCCCGCUGAUGGUGUCACGCAAUCUCGCGGACGAGAUUGAGAUGUACAUGAACCUAAAGAGCCCCUUGGGGGUCAAGUCCUCCAGCAUGGAGCUCCACCAGGGGACGGCAAAGGACGAGGAGGCGGUUGUGGACGCUGGGCAGAAGAAGACACUGGAAAGGAGGUCUAGCCUUCCCGCUGCACCUGUGAAACCCCCCGGCUCGGCCAGAGACACCCCCAAACGCAGCCCAGCUGUUACCCGUUCUAAGACCUUUGCCGUGAAGUCCAAGAGCUCUGGGCAAGCUCAGAAUCAGAGGUCAUCCUCACUGACUGCGCUGGUCAGGUCAUCCCAGAGCGGUUCUCUUGGGUCCGUCAUAAACUCCAUCUCUGGCAUCAAGAUGGACCACCUGCUCUCUGGACCCAAGAUGGAUGUACUGAAGUCUGGCAUGAAACAGGCAGCCAAUGUGGCCAGCAAGAUGUGGGGGGCAGUGGCCUCAGCAUACUCCUACUCAGAUGAUGAGGAGGAGCACCUCCAGAGUGGGGGCAGCUUCCCCGCCAGGCUGGACGAGAACCUGCUGACGGGUAGCGAGGUGGACGGCUGCAUUUCCAGAGGACUGAUCCCAGGCCUGGCCUCGAAUGGCCUGACCCAGAGCAGCACCAGCCUGGGCAGCAGCAGCGGCAGCAGCGACACUGGGAAGGCACAGCACCCAGCCGCCAUGACCCCGGGGAAGUCAGGGAGGGGUCUGGAAUCAGAUAGAUCAGAGCAGGGUUCCUCUCACCAUGCCAGCUCCUCCAGCAUCUGCCAAAACUGCGCCCUAGAGGUGCUGAUGUCCAGCUGCUCUCAGUGCCGUACGUGCGAGGCCCUGGUGUACGACGAGGAGAUCAUGGCCGGCUGGACGGCCGACGACUCCAACCUCAACACCACCUGCCCCUUCUGCAAAAACCCCUUCCUGCCCCUGCUGCACGUGGAGUUCCGGGACCUUCGGGGCAGUGCCGGCUUCUACCUGAAGCCCAGCACUUCGGGGGAUAGUAUACACAGCAGCAGUAUGCCCACUGCACCGGGGCCAAAGGGUGGGGGGCCUGCGGGACCCUCUUAUGUGAUCAACCACACAGAAUCCCCACAGGAGGGGGCGGCAGGGGCCUCAAGGAACCAGACUGGUGCACAUAAGAGCUCUGGGUUAGAGGCAGUGCAGACGGACCCCCUGGGACUGAUGGACAAGCAGGAAGGGAAGAGGGGCACCUCCCUGACCCGCAGCAACAGCGUGGGGGGCCCUCUGCAGAGCCUGGACCUUUCACAGAGGCCCUCCCACGGUGUCUCCACCACUAGCCUGCCCAACAGCCUUCAGGAGGUGUCGAAUAACCUGGGUCAGAAGAGGCCCAACCCGCUGCCAGUGUCAGUUCCCUACCUCAGCCCCUUGGUGUUGCGCAAGGAGCUGGAGUCCCUGCUGGAGAAUGAGGGGGACCAGGUCAUCUACACCCACAAGUUCCUCAGCCAGCACCCCAUCAUCUUCUGGAACCUGGUGUGGUACUUUCGCCGUCUGGACCUCCCCAGCAAUCUGCCAGGCCUCAUCCUGACCUCUGAGCACUGCAACAAUGGUGUACAGCUUCCACACGCCUCCCUGUCCCAGGACAGCAAGCAGGUGUAUGUGCAGUUACUGUGGGACAAUAUCAACCUGCACCAGGAGCCCGGCGAGCCCCUCUACCUGCAGUUUAGAACCCUGUUGGAGAAGAAGGGGCUGCUGGCUCCCACCGACCACCAGGAGACGAGGACUCUGCUCAAUAGCAUUGUAAGGAGCAUCCAGACCAAUGACGUCUACAGCCCCAUCAACCUGCUCCUGCGGGAGGUCAAGAGGCGUCCCAACAUCAGACGCCAAAGGAGUAUCUAUAGGGAAAUCCUGUUUCUGUCCCUGGUGGCUCUGGGCCGAGAGAAUAUUGAUAUUGAGGCCUUUGACCGUGAGUACAGAGUUGCCUUUGCCGAGCUGAGCCCAGAACAGUUGAAGGCCCUGUCUCGCAUUGACCGUCCACCCAGCAACAGUGUGCAGUGGUGCCUGAAGUGCUUUGGUGCACCCGUCAUAUGACAGCACCCCCUGCUGGGGAGACGGGGUUGUGCUUUUCUAGCAACUACCACACACAAGGACGGGGGACAAGGGGUGGGUACCAGAUGACUGAUGGGUGGUGGGUAUUGGUGGAAGGGAGAAACACAUUUGUACAGUGAAUUUUACAUCUGGAAUAUCACCCAAAGAUGGUACUUUUUAUCAAUCUGAUAGCCUUGUAUUUGUUCUGCAUCUGUCUCGUUCACCAUAUCCCUUGCUUGCUAUAAUGCAGAUCAGUGUUUUUUUGGACAUGGGGUAGAACAGAAAACCUCUGUCUGUCCUGUAGUGGUAACAUUAUUGCCUUUCUGUACAGAGGAUGUUGAGUAUGAAUGUCUAACAGUACAGGGAGUCUGUUUGCCAUGAAAGCAGCCCCAAGGGUUGGAUCCUACCUAUCUUGGUUUAUCAUCAAAGGUGUUGGGUAGGAAUCUGUGAUUCAGUAGCAAAAGUGUGACUCUGAUAUCAGGAGCUGGGGGAGAGUUGUGAGUGACUAUCACUGCUUUCUGUCUGUGUGAUGUCCAGCACCCCUCAUUUUAAACUCCCAUCAAAACCUGCUCAUGGUAGAAAUCACAUCAGAAAUAAAACACAAAGUAUACCUAUGUCUGACAAAAUGAAUCAAUGUACAUAUGUGCACUUUCAGAAUGGUCACCCUUUAGUUUUUGUAAUCAUUAUUUUCUUGUACAUAUUUUUCUAAAUGGGGAAUCUGAACCAGGGUUGCCUUUUCAGGGGAGUGGGGGGGGGGUCU